AUGGCGUUCAAGAAAACACUACCUCAGCGUAUUUUUAGUGCAUACAAAUUUAGUGCUCCAUCUCUAACCUUAGCAUGUCGUAUUACUUCUUCAACCAUGGUGGAAGCAAAAUCCACCGAUAAAAAUAUGGAUCCACGGCGAUUUCUUUACCAAUCAAUGGUAUCCUCGCCGGAGAUCCAAGGGUCACUAGCCAUGGGAGAAAAACUCCGCCAUAAAUUACAUGGGAUGGACAUUAUUUCGAGAGAUAAGGUGAGAUUAAUUAAUGAGGUACUCUUGCUUCCGCGGCCCCCACCGCGACAGGAGUCAUUGGAUGUGGGGUCCAUGACAGAUGCGAGAAAGACUUUAAAGUUGUCGCAACUUGAAAUGUUGAAAUCGAGGCUAAGGAAAAUGGAGAAGAGUUGGAUUUUGUUCGCUGAAUUUAUUGAAAUUUGUAAGGAAACAUGUUUGGAUGAUGAUCAAGGCCUUCAGUUUGCUAAGAAGAUGGAUGAAUCGGGAGAUGUUAUUGUUUUGGGAAACCUUGUUUUUCUCCGCCCUGAUCAGGUAGUUCGAGCCAUGCAAGAACUAUUGCCAAUGCACAAACCAAAUCAUGACAAAGAAAGAAUGAAGGAGCUUGAACAAAUGGAAAAGGAAAAAACAUCAAUUGACAAGAAAGCAGAAUCAUUAGUACGUAAAGAAAUGUGGUUUGGACUUGGAUGUUUGGUAGUUUCUGAAUGUCAAGGGUUGAAGGUAUGUUGUGAAAUGGGAGCUUGGAACUCAAAUUACGAGCUUCUGUCUCCGUGUAAGCCGCCAGGGCAAGGCCGCUGUGGUGGGAUGUGGUCCGCUGUAGUGGACCAGCCGUGA